CGAUAGACGAUCUGCGAAGUGCGAAGAGGUUCAAAAAUAAUUCCAGAAGGAGAAAGAGAAAUAAAGAGAGCGAUUGUGAUUGUUUCCGUGUGUUUGUGUACGCGAGAGAGAGAGAGAUAGAGAGAGAAUGUCGAAUACUUCGUCUGGGGAAAUGGCGUAUGUGGAGCACACUGCGGGCAUCAAUGGCCUUCCCAAGGUCAUUCUCCGCGAGGUUCGUGGCUGUUCUGCUGAGGUGUAUUUAUAUGGGGCUCAAGUUACCUCUUGGAAGAAUGAACAUGGGGAAGAAUUGCUUUUUCUUAGUAGUAAGGCUAUUUUUAAACCUCCAAAGGCAAUCCGUGGAGGUAUUCCAAUAUGUUUUCCUCAAUUUGGAAUUCAGGGUUCUCUUGAACAACAUGGAUUUGCUAGGAAUAGGUUUUGGAUUGUAGAUCCUGAUCCCCCACCUUUUUUAACUAGUAGCCCCAAUAAGGCUUUUGUUGAUUUAAUACUUAAGCACUCUGAAGAAGAUGUGAAGAUCUGGCCUCACAGAUAUGAGUUUCGCCUAAGGAUAACUUUGGGACCUGGAGGAGAUUUGAUGUUGACGUCCCGUAUUCGCAAUACAAAUACAGAUGGAAAGUCGCUUACGUUCACGUUUGCAUAUCACACAUAUUUUGCUGUUACAGAUGUCAGUGAAGUUCGGGUGGAAGGACUAGAGACCCUUGAUUAUUUGGAUAACCUGAAGAAUAGAGAGCGAUUUACAGAACAAGGAGAUGCAAUAACGUUCGAAUCAGAAGUGGACAAAACAUAUCUCAGUACCCCAACAAAAAUUGCUAUUAUUGACCAUGAAAGGAAGAGAACAUUUGUAUUGCGGAAAGAUGGACUUCCAGAUGCUGUGGUUUGGAAUCCAUGGGAUAAGAAAGCAAAGGCAAUUCCCGACUUUGGGGAUGAUGACUACAAGCAUAUGCUGUGUGUUGAGGCUGCUUGUGUUGAAAAGCCCAUUGUACUGAAACCUGGUGAAGAAUGGAGAGGAAGGCAGGAACUAUCUGCUGUUCCUUCCAGUUAUUGCAGCGGACAACUUGACCCACGAAAAGCACUUCAAAGCGGCUAAAGACCGACUAUCCCAGUACAUAUCUUGUACAGGGUUCUUUUGCAGUCUAGAUUUUGUGGCGACUGCGGUCAGUGAAUUCUUGCCAGGAUUUUUUUUCGGAGGGCAGAUUCAUUAUUAGCAGAAUUGUCUAUAAUGUCCUUGAAGCACUAUUUGGUUGAAGAAAAAUGAGAUAAAGGCAGUUCAAAAAAUUUGUAUAUUACUAGGAUCUACAAAAAGAAAGUGGUAGGGAAGAAAGAAAACCCGUCUAGGUCUAUCGUUCUUUGGUUUUUGUUUGCUUUUUUUCUCCCCCAUCUUUGGUCUGAAUCUGAAAGAUACCUUUAUUUAUUUAUUUAUUUUGAGCGUGCUGGAUGAUA